AUGCCGCUAGGACGAAAUGGGCCGCCCCACGUGCACGAAUCGUCGUCUGCGUCUUCGCCUCAGACACAUGAAGCAGCUGCCUUCUACCAACAUCAUAAUUCCCCUUCAUCGCCUGCCUCCACCUGCGCCUCUCACGCAUCAGACGCCCACAACCCGCCACUAAUCCGGAUGAUGGCGACCAACCCCAAGUACACGCCGGUGCCGGUGAGGGACUCCCUCGACGAGCCCGCCGCGCCCAGCUACUCUCAAGCGCCACCCUCCUACCAGGCUGAGGAGCCCGUCCCAGGAACUGCCCGCAGCGAAGACGACAACGUCCCCGAUGACUUCAAGUUCGGUGGGAGCGUAGCCGAAGCCACACUGCCCAUCCGUAUGCAAUUCAUCCGCAAAGUCUACGCCAUCCUCACAGUCCAACUCCUCUUCACCACCGCCUUGAGUGCCGUCAGCUUCUUCAGCACGCCGUACAAGAAUUGGAUCCAGUCGAACCAAUGGAUGAUGUGGGCGUCGUUGUUCGGCGCCAUCGGGUUCAUGUUGCUCACGUUCUGGAAACGGAAGAGUUAUCCCACCAACCUGAUCUUCUUGGCUGGGUUCACAGGCCUGGAAGCCUACUCCAUAUCCGUGAUCACGAGUUUCUACGAGUCCCGCAUAGUCCUCCAAGCCCUCCUCUUCACCCUCGGCAUCUUCCUCUUCCUCACCGUCUUCGCCUGCCAAUCGAAAUACGACUUCACAGCCUGGCAACCCUACCUCUUCGGCGCACUCUGGAUCAUGAUCCUCUUCGGCUUCAUGGCCGCAUUCUUCCCAGGCCACAGCAGCGCCGUUGAGUUGGGAUAUGGAGUCGUAGGAGCGCUGGUGUUCAGCGGGUAUAUUCUCGUGGAUACCCAGUUGGUGAUGCGACAUUAUCAUGUGGAGGAGGAAAUUGCCGCGGCGAUCUCACUGUACUUGGACGUGAUCAACCUCUUCUUGAGCAUCCUCAGGAUAUUGAACAGCCAGUCGAAUAACUAG